ACUUCCGUAAUUGCGUCACUCAUGCGCCUGAUGUAAUGACGCUCCUAUAGGAACCAUUGCAAUCAGACUGAGGACGUGCAUAUAUUCUAUCAGUCUGGCAAUGAGAAUGAAUACAGAUCACAGGAAUGACAAAAAUCAUCCAGAUGUCACACUCGAUUGUCACUUGGAUGUUGUUUAACACUGGAAUAUGAAUUCGGUAUCACCAAGUUCCUUGUUGUACCCUGUGGUAAAUGAGGAAGAUGUAAUCAAAACUGAUAGCAAGAGAUUCUUUACCACCCAAGUUGGUAAUCGGGAAAACCGUUAUAAUGGACAAAGAAAUGGGACAGAGGCUCUGGAGCAGAGCGAGUAUGAUGAAGUGGACCGUUUCAAAAGCAAACUGAUUUCUGCUUGGAAUAAUGUCAAAUAUGGUUGGGCAGUGAAGACUAAAACUAAUUUCAGCAAAAGCUCUCCCUUGUACCUUCUGGGACAUACCUACCAUUUCCAGCUGGAAGAUGAUGUGGAGAAUUUCCAGAAAGAUUUUGCAUCCAGGAUCUGGCUAACAUAUAGGCGAGAGUUCCAACAGCUGGAGGGGACCAUCUGGACGACUGACAGUGGUUGGGGCUGUAUGCUGCGUAGUGGACAGAUGCUUCUGGCUCAGGGACUGAUGAUGCACAUCCUUACACGAGGUUGGAUUUGGCCAUAUGCUCCACUCACACCAGAUAGUGACAUUGAUAUUUUCCGACCCAGAUCACCUUCCCGCUGGAGCUCAUCAAGUGUACAGCAGGCCUUGAUACAGACAGAUCGCAGCAGAGGCCCGGGUGAGCUGCGGAGAAUUCACGGCUCCAGUCCCGCAACCUUAGACCACCACACUGCAGAAAAAGAGCAGCAGCACCGCAGGAUUAUCUCUUGGUUUGGAGAUCACCCCAUGGCCCCUUUUGGCAUUCACCAGCUUGUUGAACUUGGAAAGACUGCAGGAAAAAAGGCAGGCGACUGGUAUGGGCCAUCCAUUGUUGCACACAUAUUAAGGAAAGCAGUUGAAAAAGUAUAUGAAGUGAAAGAUCUCUCUGUGUAUGUUGCCCAGGAUUGUACAGUGUACAAGGCUGAUGUGGUGCGUCUCUGUCAUAGUGAAGCCGGACGUAGCGUGGAAUCCAGCAGUCAGUGGAAGGCUGUAAUCAUUCUUGUACCUGUACGUUUGGGAGGCGAGACUCUGAACCCUGUCUACAUGGACUGUGUAAAGGAGUUAUUGAAGCUGGAGUGCUGCAUCGGAAUUAUUGGUGGAAAACCCCGACAUUCCCUGUAUUUCCUUGGCUUCCAAGAUGAUUUCCUGCUAUACCUGGACCCACACUACUGCCAGCCUUUUGUAGAUGUCAUGAAGGAUAAUUUCCCACUGGAGUCAUUUCACUGUAGCUUCCCAAGAAAACUUCCCUUUAGCAAGAUGGAUCCCAGCUGCACUGUUGGAUUUUAUGCCAGGAACCAAAAGGAGUUUGAAAUACUAUGCAGCGAGGUAACAGAGGCAUUAAUGUCCUUGCCCUCUAAAGAGAAGUAUCCUGUUUUUACAUUUGCGGAAGGGCCAUCUCAGGACUAUAUGCAGGAAGAGCUGUUCUCCUGUUUCACUGAGAAGACUGCAGCAUUGUCACAGUCCAGCAAGUCAGCAAAGCCCAAGCGACGUAGUAUGGAUGAUUUUGUCUUAUUGUGAGCAGACUUGCACAAUGGAUAUCAUAAGCCAGGGUGUUACAUGCAAAGACAGAUUGAUUCUGCUCGUUGUAGCCUGACACAGGCCGCUGUCUUAGUGAGGCCUAGUUAUGAAUUCUGGUGCUCGACUUCCCAUGACCUUUGGCCUGACAGCAGUAACACUUUCCUAGAAGCUACACUGGAAAUAAAGGUGCAAAUUCGUGAAACACUGACUUUUCUGAACAGUAAUAUUUCUGUUCAGAUGAUGGUGUACUACUGUUAAUUAGCAUUUCUGAAUAAGAUCCUGUACAUUCACUUUUCUAACCCUGUUUUUGUGGAAAUGUACAGGUGUUGUUUGAAGGCAGGGAGAUGCUCUUGGUAUGCUCUUCAGAGAAGUGAAUCUGGAAUUGACAUGAGACAGACAUGUAUUUGUUCUAGGUAUGGUACUGAGUACUGUUUAAAUGAUGGCUUUACUUCGGUAAGCAGUAAGGUAGCAAAAAAAAUGGCUAUAAUAACUGGGGCCAUUUUUUGAUUUUAAACUGUUGUGUUUCAGAAGAGGUAGGAAAAUGCCUUACAAAGGUUAUAGUUUUUGUGUCCUGUGUAUUAAAAGCUAAGAGUUAUCUUUUUUUAUUAUUGUAUUUACCUUUUCACAUCUAUUUGUUGGUCACUAUAAGGCCUUCUCCUUAUCUAGUGACCCCACAUAUCUUUUUAUAUCUUGCUUCCCAGAGGGGUUGAUCUAAGGCUUUCAAAUUAGAGUAAACAAGGUGCCCCCUGAAAAAUGUCCAUAUAUGAUGCAUUUAAAUAAGUAGUCCUUGAUUUCACACCAGGAAGCAGCAGGCCUUCGUCCUGGUCUUUGAGAUCUCUGCAGUAUCUAGUGUAGAAAGUUGAUCUGGUGUGUCUUGGGUUUUGUCCCCUUGCUGGGCAUCUACCCCAUGCACAUUUUCAGGUGUGUUUGCUGUCACCAUGUCCCAUUUACCUGAUGAAAAGGACUUUUACCUCCCGGCCAUGUUGCCAGGGCCCCAUUUUCUUUUCCAGCAAUAUUCCAAUCCAUUUCUUACAUUAAAAUAUUGUUGUCUGCAGUGAUGGGACUUUGUUGUGCCAUAGUGCAGGCAUUUAUUUAACUUUGCCACCUACCUGCAGUUAGUUUCCUUGUUUGCGUGCAGUGAAGUUAUCCCGGCUGGGUGGACAGAAUAACCAGCUUUGGUGCAGUGAGGCACUCCAUUGUAACUUGCUUUAGUACUCCCAUUACCAGAAUAUUUGCAGAUUUUGCACUUGUAGGAUGGUUACACCAUUUUUUUUCCUCAAAUGAAAAAGUCUUCUGUCAUCUAUUGUAGAUUACUGCAUGCCAUAAGGCAAAGGUAGGUAGGUUGAGCAGUUGGGAAAAUAAGUUGCAGUUGGAUUAUUUCCAUUUGCUUACAUAUCUGGUGAGGAAUGUGGCAGACACUUUGAUGGUAGAUACCAUUCUGUAACGAAUGUAAAAUAUGAAUGUAUGUUUACCUGUAAAUGGAUACAUGCACCAACACUGUUUGCAAGGUACAAAUUUGAGUCAAGUGCAGGAUUUCAUGUCCCCUCACCCAAGUAUCACUGAAAAUGUCCCAGUGUUUUAGUAGACUGUUGUACUUGAAAAUGUUUGUAGUCACUUUGCUGACUUUUUGUUUCUAAGAUGACGACCAGUCCCUAUUGACCAAGCCUCCUGUUGCACAGCAGUAAACAGCUGGUGGUAGUCAACUGCCAUCCACACUGACUUCAUGUAAUUUACUGUUGUCAUACUGUGUGCAAGUAUGACAGAGGUGUGCUUCUGUGUAUGUUUAUCCGUGGUCAGUGAGUCACAGUUACAUUUCCCAGCCAAAAUAUCUGGUGGGGAAGGUGCAGAGUUUCUGGGAAAAAGUUACGCAGAAGGUCUUUGCUUCUAUAAUUGCACUUGUUGCAUAGCUGAAGGGCUAUAUGUUGUGUGCACUAUUUUGUACUGUUGUUUAAUGUUUGAGUCUACCUAAUGUUCUGUAGGUAAUUUGACCUGGAAGAGCAUAUCUCAUGCAUCCUGUAUGUCUUAUGUACAUUCAUACAUUAUAUUGAACACAACAUUUCAGAUACUCUGUAAUGUUUUUUUAAUUAUUUGUGUGCUGUAUUGCCUAUUUCUAAGUUGUUAGGAAACAAGCUUUGUAUCGGGUUUCUGUUGUUAACAUUGCUUUUAAUUGUGCUGUGAUGUCAUUAUAGAGAGAAAGGGACAGUGAAUGUAAGUGCAGCCAAGCAUCUUUACAUUAUUGGGGGGGGCUCACCACUCCUCAAAUCAAAGUACACCACCACCACUGUUAUUGUUUUUGUGGUGAGUUAAUAUAAUUCUUUCUCAGUAAUUUACUUUAUAUAACAAGAAAGAUUAUAAUGUAGAGGUGGUCUGUGAGAUAGUACAAGAGUGACAGGUGAAACAUAGUUUUGCAUUGCAUCUGUUUUAUUACUAUUCACUUAGUAGUUUUCCUCCAGUGUGACAGUGGUGCAUUCCAUUGCAAAAUGCAGAAACUACUGCGAUCACCAUGAUACCAGCCACUUAUCACCACUGCAGUGCUAUAAGCCCACUGUUUAACCUAAGGCCAUACAUAGCCUAAUUGACGAUUAACACUCCUGGCAGCGUGGCCUAACACGCCUUGUAGACAUUUCUAGUAUUCGCUACAAAGCCAUCCUAGUCCCUUCCACUGGCAGAGGUACCUGUGCACCACCUGGUGGUGUAAAACAGCUUAAUUGUACUCCAUGGUUCAAUUUGUUUUACCCUUGUACAGGAAACGUGCCGAUGAUGUAGCGUUAACAGAUCAUUCUUUCUGUUAGUGCCUUACCUAUCAUUCUGUGCUCCUUGUAAGUAACGCUUCAAUCCUUUAUUACUGAUUACCCUUAAUCAGAUCAUUCUUUCUGUUAGUGCCCCACCCCUUAUUCUGUGCUCCUUGUAAAUAACCCAUCCAUCCUUUAUUGUUGCUUACUUAGCAAAGAUGUUAGAUGUAAAAGUUGCCACAAGAAUUCCAGGCUCUGCUGUAAUUGGGGUUUGUCCUCUUAAGUCUGGUAUCCAGUGUCCCAUGGGAGUACAUUGUAUCCUUACUGUUGAGGCAGUUGUAACCUGUUUCUCAUCUCUGGUCCUGCCUCACGGGAAGUUCCCACUUUUGAGUGGGACCACUCAACCUGGUCAUUAUUUUUAUGAACGCUGGAAAAUGCCCUCCAUUUGGAAUGCGUGCUGCUUUUUUACUCCUUAGGUCAAUUUACAUUUUAACUGUUUUAAAAGGAUUUUGAAUGGUAUGUGUGUGAUGAGACCAUUUCUUUGGGUUGAGUAGGAUUCACCAACCUAAGAAAUAACUAAAUUAGAUAAAUAUAUUAUUCACACCCUUCCUCCCCCUCCAGCAAAAAAAAAGAUAAAAAGAUUUGCAGACUAAUUUGGAACAUUGACAAUAUCAGAGGUUUUUAGACACAAUUAAAAUACAUAAGUCCAAACAUGUUUUCUGGUGCUCCUCAGUUUUGGGAGGAAACUUUGGCAGUGAUCUUUGUUCACCUUCAGAUGGACUAAUAAUAUCAUAUUUGAUUUUAACGAAUUAACUUCUUUCCCCAAAUUGGAGAAAUCUGUCUCGUUAAGUAGCUGAAUGCAGAAUGAAUUUGUCUUGACUGACUGUGCUGUGCUUUGUGUAGUUUUCUUUGUUCUGUUUGCUGGGUCCAUUUAAAACUGAGUGGAGUUUAGUACUGUCAUUUCAUUUAUGUAAGAUUUAGUAGACACAAGUGAUCACUGAAAACUUGUGAACUAAAGGUCUAGGGUGCUGUUUGUUUUAGCUGUCGCUUUUACAACCAAGAACAUAAAAGUAUACAAGGUGUAUUUGUGAAGUACUGUUUGAAUUGUUUUACAUCCGAGAAAGUUUUCAGACGUGCAGCUAAUUUCUAAAGUAAUGUUUUAAAUGUCGUGCACUUUAUAAUGUUAGUGUUUCUUCUGCCCACAUGUUCCAGUGUCCAUGUCUUACAUGUACCAUGUACAACACUGCUGGAACACGGUUCUUUGCAAUCAUGCUGUGUUCUGCUUUAAAGGCUCAGAUUUUUGGUUUUUGCAUGUGCAGACUUUUUUUUUACUUCUGUUUGAAGUUUACACAGCUGCAACACAUUUCUAGAUUUAUUUGUUGAUAGUAUGACCUCCAUAAGACUUUUCAUUUUGCGCACACAGAUUCUUUUCAUUUUUCAUCAUGUUGGGAGCUUCCACACCUGCAAGAUAUUGCUGGUUUUAUUUUUGUUUAAUCCGUGCAACCUCGGUAUUUAUGUUGAUCACCUGCUCAGGGCUGGACUUUUCAGCUGUGGUUCUGGACUCUAAACUGUUAUUUCGGUUUAUAAAUAUUACCAGAGGUAAUUGUGAUGUUUUUGAUACACCAUUAUCCUUCACUUUCACUACUCAAGAACCACAAACAACAUUGAAAGGAGACCGGGCUGUCUCUUUUCUUAAAUUGGGUUACUUGGGUUUUCAAUGUUAGUCCAUUGCUGUCAGACUCUGGAAAAGCUGCCUUAAAAUGCGGGUAUUUUAUUUUUAUUAUGGGCUAUAAUUUAAUGAAAUUCUAAAAUAAGAUUUAAGUAGCUAUAGAAUCUUUUUGCAGUUGUAAAUUUCUUACUCUAGUUCAGUUAAACCCUUUGAGAACAAUAGUUGAUCAUUUGUUUUUAGAUGACCUAAUUCUUGCCACUGUCAGACUUCUGACAGUGGGUUUUAUUUAUGUGGCGUUUAUUUGGAAGUGUGAGUGGUAAUGAUUCUUAGAGUACUGUACAAUCUACAUAUGAUCUUUCCAAUAAAAUUUUUACAUUGUCA